ACGUCACGGCCGUGCGCACUUUGCGGUGGUAUUGUUGAAACCGAUAGAUAGAAGGAAGGAGCAGACGGGGAGAGUGGACACCGGCCUUCAGAGGACGCCAGAGACAGGAAACAAGUAAGUGUCCUACAUGAAUUACGAAAAUCCUCCACCAUAUCCUGGCCCGGGUCCAACUGCCCCUUACCCACCAUAUACUCAACAACCAGCAGGCCCUGGUCCAUAUCCUGCCUAUCAGCCGGGGCCUACAGGGCCAUAUCCAGCUGGUCAACCAGGCUACAAUGGUUACCCACCAUACGGAUGGCAGAAUGCUCCACCUCAAGGACCAGUCUAUGCAGAUGGACCUAAGAAUACAGUGUAUGUUGUGGAAGAACAGCGAAGAGACAACUCUGGUGAAAGUACCUGCCUGACAGCAUGUUGGACUGCACUGUGCUGCUGCUGUCUUUGGGACAUGCUGACCUGAGAUCCUUGAGAAGCAAAGGCUUUUGAUACCUCUCUCUUGGAGUGCUAUGCAGUCUCUUCCUUCUUCUCCUCCUGCUCCUCUUGUCUCUUCCUUUCAGCAGCUUUUUAGUACUGUAAUAAAUGAGAUGGCUUUGUCCGAGCAUAACAUGCCUGCCAGUUGGAUGCAUGAAGCUAAAUGCAUCCUUUUUGAUUUGGGUGGAGAAUCACCCUCCUUUCUUCUUCUUCAUGAUUGUUCUUUAAAUAAUGUACUAUAUUUUAUUUAACAAGCUUUUACUAUAAAUCAUGUAUUGAUAAUUUACACAUACUUAGAAAUAGAGUAAUAUGCAAUAAUUUAAGGCAUUUUUGGUUUUCUCUUACGCUUAAUUUUCUGUUUUAAUAAACUUUAUCCAAUAAAAUGUGAUCCAGAAA